AUGGGACGUGUUGCUGGGAGCCCUUCCGACCCAUGCGAUGAUGUGGAUAUAUUUGCCUUGGCUGAAUUCUUCCAGUUCCUGCAGUGCCAAGUUCGCCUGGAGGCUAAGCUUUGCUUGGGUGAAAAGGACGUGCAAUUGGAGGAUCCCGACGCCAAAUGCCUAUGGCCGCUCUUCGAGCAAUGGGUUGCCCCGAACAUUGGAAAGAGGGAGAAGUGGGUGCCAUUUCACACGGUGUUAGCACCGCACGAGCUUUUCUUGGUGCAAAGCAUCCAUCAUAACACAGAUCUCAAUUGGAGCGACUUUCAGCGGUAUUUGGCCAUCUUCAUCUUCAGGGCGCAUUGCCAGAGGCAAGUCUUUUCUCAUGCGCAGCUUCCAUACCUGCUUACCGCGGAUUUCUGGCAUGAUCCCAAGAAGUACUUUGAUGACGAUGGUCCAAUCACCCAGUCCAUGAUGAAGUAUCGACGAGAAACGCAUUUGCCGCUACAGACGGGAGCCUUUCUGUCAAUCCCUGAGCGUUUGUUGGAAGAUAACGACGAGAACCUGGUGAUCAACGUGGCUCGACGAACGCAACGCCUCCUUGACAUCGCCAUGGAGAUUUGGCCGACUUUGCAAAAUCCAAAUCUUUCAAAUGCAGAAAAGUUUCAGCAGAUCUCCAGGGUCAUUCAGACUGGUCAUGGCUUCGGAGAGACCUGGGCCAAAAUGCUGAUGGUCAGCAUGGACAUCGCCUUUCCUGCGGCGAAGCUCUUGUCAACACACUGUGAGGUGGGCAUUGGAGCCCGUGAAGGGCUAGAUCGCCUUUUUGCAAAUCAAGGCCCCAGACAGGCAGUGGAAGCAUUGAGCGUCGCAACUGCCGCAGCCAACAAUUCGCAGAUGAAACCAGCAAGGCAUUUCUGGAGAAUUGUGGAGAGAGUUGAAGGAAUGGCACGGCAAACGUUUGCGGAUUUACCCUUGGUCUUGGAACACAUAGCGCAGUUCCAGGCAUUGAGCCCAGCGACUGUACAAGUGCAACUUUGUGAGUGGCGGCAAUUUCUGCAAUUCAUUGAGAGAAGAAGCAGAUCCUAG